AUGCUGAUCCCUCACGCGGCUUUGUUGCUUACUACACUGUACUACAUGAUCGUCCUCGGCGACAAGUCUAGUUCGUGUCAAGUAACCAGCCAGCAUCUCAGCGACCCGCCAUAUGAGAACUUCUUUUACUCAGACUGCAAUGUCGACGCACAAGUCGUUAUCACCAGUCCUCUGCCAGACAGCAACCUCUCCAUCAUCGGUCCACGGCUGAUUGUAGCAUGGCCUGCUGGGAACAGCGGAAUAUGCACUUUCUUCCAACCUCAGAGCGGUGAAAACGGGACUCUUGCCGUUGAGCUUGUUAAUUCCACCGUUGGAGGUCCCCUGGGCGCAGUACACCGAGAGGAAGACUCGUCCGAGUACCCGUUUGUUGGCGUUGAGGGGGUCCUCUCGUUCAAUGCUUCCGCAGAGCUGACAGUGGCUAUACUUGGGAGCAUCCGGAACAUUCGUGACUUCACCGAAGGACCCAGUAUCCUCAGCCCUCUUAUUCAAGACGCUAUUAAUGUCGCCACGGUCAAUGAAACGGGUGUUCAAUUCUCUCGUCUAUGGCUGGACAACGUCACCGCUACAACCCUCACAUUGGAGCCCUGGGAGAACAACGGCAGCCAAAUCAGUAUCGAUAACAAGACCGUUAGCUUCGGGGCUGGGUUCUACCGGUUUUCUGCGUCCUUCAACUACCCUCAGCUCAAGCAGUUGACUCCCGGACAGGUCUUGAACGAGGAAUCCCAGUCUCUAGUCAAGCAAGACCCGUCACAGACCCGCUCCCUGUCUUUCUUUUCAUACGCAGAAAAGCUUCUCGCUGGCGGUUGGAGAUUCCUGACGUACUUUGGCCGAGACAGCAUGAUCUCUGCCCUCCUCUUGGAGCCCGUCCUCAGCACCGGCAAUAGUUCAGCCAUGGAAGCCGUCAUUGGAGCCGUUUUAGAACGAAUCAACCGGACUGACGGUUCAGUAUGCCAUGAGGAGACUAUUGGCGACUAUGCAACGUUUCUGAAUUUGCAGAACAAUAUCUCUUCGACGGCUGCGGGCUUCGUGUAUCCCAUGAUUGACACGGAUUACUUGCUUCCUAUCCUCAUGGCACGGUACUUCAAUGCCUCACCAGAAAGGAUCAAACCACUCUUAAACAUCAAGGCUGGCGAGAUCAAUGUUCAGAAUCAGGGCCUGAGCUGGGGACAUCUUAGCUACAUCGCCGCGCAGAAAAUCAUGAACAUCACUGAGGCUUUUGAGACAAAGCAGUCGAUCGAGAACCUGAUUCACCUCAAAGAGAAUGAAAUUGUAGGCCAAUGGCGUGACUCCACCUACGGUCUCGCGAAUGGUCGGAUUCCUUUUGAUGUGAACUGUGCCCUCGUGCCAGCAGCACUUUACGCCAUUUCUAGCUUGGCAGCAAUGCCAGGCGUAUACCCCAACAACUUCAUCACCAAGAAUUGGAGUACCAUUGCAGCUAAAAGGGCCAAGGUCUGGGAAGACAAGACGCUCCCUCUCUUCCAGUACAAUAUCACCGUUGAUGAUGCUACAUCUCUUCUGGAAGAAUAUACCAGCAAGAGCACCUUCUACGACGGUCCGACGCAUGCGGACUCUCUUGCCAACUACUCUUCCUCCGGAAAAGUCAUCGACUAUGCUAUCGCGAUCAAUAGCACCGCAUCACCAGAGAAGAUACCCAUCACCCAUACCGACACAGCGUUUCGUCUCUUUCUGCUCAAUUCCACCGACGAUGAGCAGCUGACGACCUUUGCUAACUCCACCGCAAAUACAAUCCUUCGUCCGUUCCCCGCGGGCCUGACUACCCCCUUUGGUGCAGUCGUUGCGAACCCGGCACUAUCCGGUGACGAUGUCCUGAUCGCCAACUUCACCAACUCUGCGUACCAUGGAACCGUCAUUUGGAGCUGGCAACUAGCACUGAUGGUGAAGGGCUUGGAGCGACAACUCUCACGAUGUCCUGCGUCGGAUUUGAAGCGUGCCUCUCGGGAUACUGACGAGGUUCCGGCAUUCUGCCGCGAUGACGGAGUGUAUACUGCUUUGAGACGUGCAUACAACGUUUUAUGGGAUGUCAUCGAAGCUAAUUCAAACCAACUGCAGUCUGAGGUCUGGAGCUGGACCUACAGUACAGCAAGAAGCGAGAAGAGUGGGAGCUACAGGUUCUCACCCUUGGGCGUCUUACCGCCUCCGCCCGGGCUCAGCUCCGGAACUGAGAGUAAUGUACGCCAGCUGUGGAGUUUGGCCUUCCUAGCUGUAGAGAGGAAUGGAGAAUAUGCCAAAAGUUAA